AUGGCACCAAGACGAUUCUCUACUGAAACUGCAGACGCAAGCCCUUUGGGCCAGCCUCUCAAAUUCGAGUUCAGCGGUAAGACUGCCAAGAACCGAUUUAUGAAGGCUGCAAUGACAGAACGACUCUCGACAUGGGAUCCCAAAGUCCUUGAGAAACGAGGCGUUCCUACACCAGAACUCAUCAACGUCUACCGACGAUGGGGCGAGGGAGAUUUCGGCGUCAUCCUGACUGGAAACGUCAUGAUUGAAUAUGAUCAACUUGAGGCUGCUGGAAAUCCUAUCGUACCUCGAGAUGCACCUGUGUCUGGCGAACGUUUUGAAGCGUUCAAGGAACUAGCGACUGUUAGCAAAAAGCAUGGCAGUUUGAUCGUUGCGCAGGUCAGCCACCCCGGACGUCAGGUUGCUGAUCAUAUUCAGAAGAACCCCAUUUCUCCUAGUGAUGUGCAACUGGAGGGUGAGGUGAUGGGCAUGCACUUUGCCAAGCCCAAGCCCAUGGAUGAGCAAGACUUUAAGAAUGUUAUUGAGGGCUUUGCUCAUGCUGCCGAGUUCCUGUACAAGGCUGGUUAUGACGGCAUCCAAUUGCAUGGUGCACAGACAGACAAGUACGGUGGUUCCAUCGAGAACCGAUCUCGCAUCAUCUUUGAGAUUGCCGAUGCCAUCCGCGCCCGUGUCCCCGACAAGUCUUUCAGUCUUUCCAUCAAGGUCAACAGCGUCGAGUUUCAAGAAGGCGGUUUCUCUACCGACGACUGCAAGGUUCUUUGCAAGCAACUCGAACAACAUGGCUUUGACUUCGUUGAGCUUUCUGGAGGAACUUACCAGAGCCUUGCCUUCUCCCACCGACGAGAGAGUUCGAAGAAGCGAGAGGCUUUCUUCCUCGAGUUUGCCGGAAAGAUCAUUCCCGAGCUUACCAAGACCAAGGCUUACGUCACUGGUGGUUUAAGGACUGUCAAGGCUAUGAAUGAGGCUCUCAAGACGGUUCAUGGUAUUGGCUUGGCACGACCUGUUACCAAUGAGUUCGACUUGCCGGCCAAGAUUCUCAAGGGUGAGGCCAAUAGCGCAAUCGACACCUUGCUUGAUGAGCAGAACUUUGGUAUCACCAACGUUGCUGCUGGUACACAAAUCCGACUGGUUGGUAAGGAUAAGCACCCUCUUGACUUGAGUCGCGAGGAUCACAAGCGAAUCUUCGAAGAAUCUAUGCAGAAAUGGGGUGAGGGGAUGGCGCAUAAUGAUGACCAGUCCAAAUAUGGAUACGUUGAUAUUGAAGGAGUCAAGUUGGAGCCAUUUGGCCAGACUUAUGCGGCGGCGUGA